GUUCCUGCCGCCCCAGCGGGCCCCGACCCGCCAUCUGCGUCCCAAUUGCACCAUGGAUCAUUCAGAGAAGAAGAUAUCGGUAUGGAUCUGCCAGGAGGAGAAGCUGGUGUCAGGGCUCUCUCGUCGCACUACUUGCUCGGACGUGGUGCGUGUGCUGUUGGAAGACGGCUGCCGGCGACGACGGAAGCAGCGGCGUGGCCGGCGGCGGGGGACGGUCAGCGACCCCCCAGGCCCAGAGGAGCUCCCAGAAGCCCUGGACGAUGACGACGACGACGACGACGAUGAGACGCUGCCGCCAGGCUUGUUGUGUGGGCCUCCGCAGUGCUAUUGUAUCGUGGAGAAGUGGCGAGGCUUUGAACGCAUUCUGCCCAACAAGACGCGCAUCUUGCGCCUGUGGGCGGCCUGGGGCGACGAGCAGGAGAAUGUGCGCUUCGUGCUGGUGCGCAGCGAGGCAUCGCUGCCCAACACGGGUCCGCGCAGCGCCGAAGCGCGCGUGGUGCUCAGCCGAGAGCGCCCCUGCUCAGCUCGGGGGGUCCCGCCAAGGCCUAGCCUGGCCAUGACGCAGGAGAAGCAGCGGCGGGUGGUGCGCAAGGCCUUCCGCAAGCUGGCCAAGCUCAAUCGCCGGCGCCAGCAGCAGUUGUCGUCGCCCUGUUCCUCCACUUCGUCGUCCACCGCUUCUUCCUGCUCGUCGUCGUCGCACGCCACUGAGAGCGUGUCGGUGGAGCGCAUGGAGACGCUGGUGCAUUUGGUGCUUUCCCAGGACCACACCAUCCGUCAGCAGGUGCAGCGGCUCCGGGAGCUAGACCGCGAGAUCGAUCGCUACGAGGCCAAGGUGCACCUGGACCGUAUGCGGCGGCACGGAGUCAACUACGUGCAGGAAACCUACUUGGUGGGCUCAGGCAUCGAGCUCGACGGGCCAAGCCCAGGAGAGGAGCCAGAGGCGGCGGCUACGGAGGCUCCGGCGGCGGCAGUGUCCCUGGACGGUGAGGCUCAGGCAGAGGCGCUGGAAGAGCUGGCCCGGCGCUGCGACGACCUGCUGCGGCUGCAGGAGCAGCGAGCCCAGCAGGAGGAGUUGCUCGAGCGCCUCUCCGCCGAGAUUCAGGAGGAGCUGAACCAGAGGUGGAUGCGGCGGCGCCAGGAGGAGCUCGCAGCUCGGGAGGAGUCCCCGGAGCCGGACGGCAGCCCCGACGGCGAGCUGUUGCUGGAGCAGGAGCGGGUCCGGACUCAGCUCAGCACCAGCCUCUACAUUGGGCUCCGGCUCAACACGGACCUGGAAGCCGUCAAGUCGGACUUGAAUUACAGCCAGCAGCAGUGGGACAGCAAGGAGCGCGAGUUGCAGGGCCUUCUGCAGACUUUGCACACGUUGGAGUUGACGGUAUCUCCUGAGGGGACUACCGGCUCUGGCGGACCCUUGAGGGAACCCAGGCCUCAGGCCUGCGCUGAGGUGUGGGUGGACCAGGCCCGCGGACUGGCCAAAAACUGUCCUGGCAACGACGAGGACUCGGACACGGGGCUGAGCUCUAUGCACAGCCAGGACUCAGACUCGGUGCCCGUGUGCGAAUCCCUUGUAUAG